GUGUGCUCUCUUCUCGUGGAAAGCCGGGGCGGCCAGGGGCUUCCCAGGCGUUUAUCUCGAAACUCUCCUCUCCGGCUCUGGACUGAAAUUCACUGAGCCGCCCACACUUCCUGCUGCGGUUUCAAUCUCAAGCUGCUCUGGGCCCAUUUGUUGUGACAGCUGUCAGCAGCAGCUUCUCGGCCGCGGGCCCCUCCCUGCCCCUUGCCAGCCCAGCGCUUCUCAGAACCGGAGGCGCCCGGGCCGCGCGCCGCGCUUCCCACUGCGGCCGCGAUUCCUGAAAGUGACUGCGCGGGUUUUGAAGAACUUGCUCAAUGCGCUUUGAAGAAUCCACGGUUCCUCUUUCUGCCGAGGGACUUGCUGAUGGUUUGACGGCCACAGGCUUCAGCACCUCCUGCCAAAGGAAAAAGGGAGCAGUCAGAAGAGGGUGACCUCCUAGAGCUCCCUGUGUCUCCCAAGCCCAAUGGUGAGCAGAGCAGGAGCCAGAGCCCCAUCCAGGUUGAGGACUCUCCAGAGGCAGGCGAGGAGCGGGAGGAGGAACAGGCUUUCCUGGUCAGCCUCUACAAGUUCAUGAAGGAGCGACACACACCCAUUGAGAGGGUGCCCCAUCUUGGCUUCAAGCAGAUUAAUCUGUGGAAGAUCUACAAGGCAGUGGAGAAGCUGGGGGCCUAUGAGCUGGUGACGGGGCGCCGACUCUGGAAGAACGUGUAUGAUGAACUGGGGGGCAGUCCAGGCAGCACCAGCGCAGCCACGUGUACACGCCGCCACUACGAGAGGCUGGUCCUCCCGUAUGUGCGGCACCUGAAGGGGGAGGAUGACAAACCGCUGCCCCCCGCCAAGCCCAGGAAGCAAUACAAGAUGACCAAGGAGCUGAGGGGGGAGGAUGGGACCACUGAGAAGUCAAAGAAGGCCAAGGACUUGGAGAGGCAAGUGGACCAGACCGCACCAGGAAAGCCCAAAUUGGAUGCCACUGACCUGACACAGCUUCCCAGCCAGGCACGCACAAGGAAUAGCACCGAACAGCUAGGCCCAACAUCGGGGCCCUCUUUGCCAUUCAUGGGUGCUAGUGGCUGUCCUGAGGCCUACAAACGGCUCUUGUCCAGCUUUUACUGCAAGGGGGCGCAUGGCAUAAUGUCACCACUGGCCAAAAAGAAACUCCUGGCCCAGGUCAGCAAGGCAGAGGCCUUGCAGUGCCAAGAAGAGGGCUGUCGCCAUGGAGCAAGGAGCCCCAGCAAGGACCUUCAAGAAAGUCCCCAGAACCUAAGAGGACCGGCUGAGAACUCUGAACACCAGCUAACCACCCAGGAAGCACUGCAGGUCCCUGGUGGCAGCACCAAGGUGGAGGUGCAGGAGGGCCCCUGCCCCACAGCCUCCACUUUCUCAGGUUGUUUCCAUGCCUACCCCACCGAGGUGCUGAAGCCUGUCAGCCAGCACCCCAGGGACUUCUUCUCUGGCCUUAAAGACAGGGUGUUGUUGGGACCGCCUGAUAAAGGGGAAGGGCUGUCCGCCAAAGAGCCCCAGCUGCUGUGGGGUGGGGAUGCCAGCCGCCCCUCUGCAUUCCAUAAAGGCAGCUCCAGAAAAAGAAGUUUCUAUCCCAAGCCCAAAGCCUGCUGGGUAUCCCCCAUGGCCAAGGUCCCUGCUGAGAUCCCUGGAGCCACGCCAUCCCUCCAAAGCAGCCCAGGCCUUGGCAACAAGCGCAACUUGGAAGAAGAGGGCUUCACUCAUGGUGGCAAGAAACUGAGGGCAGUGUCUCCCUUUAUGAAGGAGGUGGAUACCAAGGAGUGUGGGGACAAGCCUGCAGCGCCUGGUAUGGCUGUAUCCUGUCUACUGGGCCCAGCCCUGGGGCCCACUCCUCCCGAGGCCUACAGGGGCACCAUGCUGCGGUGUCCUCUGAACUUCACCAGUAGUAGCCCAGAUCCUCUGAAGGGCCAGACCACACUCCCCUUCAGUCCCCUGGUCAUCCCAGCUUUCCCAGCCCAUCUUCUGGCUACAACAGGCCCCUCACCCAUGGCUACCAGCAUAAUGCAUUUCCCUCCCACGUCCUAUGACACUGUCCUCCGCAAUAGACUGGGUCCAGCCUCAUCUGCCUGGCACAUGCCACCCGUCACAACCUAUGCAGCACCCCAUUUCUUCCACCUCAACACCAAACUGUAGGUUAGAGCACCCACGUGCCGUGCUAGGAGGAUUUGAUGGGGUCUCAAAAGGGCGGGUGCUGCCAGGAACCUCAGGCCAGAGCCCACUGCUUAGAACUCCCAGGCCAGUUAUCCUUCCCAUGUCUGUGUGCCCCACCCCCACCCCGGCACAGAUGGGGAGGCAGUAGGCUUGUCUCAGUGAAUCAGCUUGAGCCCAACGACCAAGUUGUGGUAAAAUCACAAAAGUACCGGAGCUAGUAUUCUCUCUCCUCGGAGGUCAGGAGGACUGAACGGCUAAGGAGCUAGACAGUAGCUCAAGGCAUCCAGGUUGGCCAUGAAAGUUCCAAUAAAAAGACACUGGUGCGAUUGCACUCAGUCCUGA